AACUCAAUAUAAUUGCCAUCAAUUCAUCCCUAGCUGUGCAGAGUGUGUGAGCAUAGAUGGCUUAUGCUGCAGUGAUUUCCCUUAAGCAAACAAUACAACGCCUUCUAAAUUCUUCUCGAUUCUCUCAAGAAAGCUUGCGAUCUGCCUCCGAUGAGGCGGCAUCUCUACAGAGAGUCCUGAAAAGACUCGACGAUCAUGGCGGAGGCGGAGGUGGAGGCGAGAGGUUGGAGGCUUUGGAUUGCCAGAUGAGAGAGGCGGCGAGCAAACUUGAAGAUUUUCUGAUACUCCAUCAAUCAGAUGACGGCGAAGAUGAAUCAGUAAUCUCUUCUGAGAUGAUGAGGUGGUUUGCUGAAACUGCGAAGAAAUUGAGGGAGGAUUACGCCGCGGAACUAGACAAAGACGACGGGGGCGGUGGCGGUGGCGCUUCAUCAUCAGAAGCUGAUGACUCUGAUGAUGCGGACAAUAUGGUUGGAUACUCUGAUGAACUGAACGAUGUGAAAUGGCACAUGAGAAACGCCGUGAGGCCAGACGACUGGGCGGCUGUGGCGACCUUCGGGCGGCCGGGCACCGGAAGAUCGUACGAGGCGUGGGAGGUUUUCCAGUACGCAAGACAACUACAAACUUUCGACUGCGGCGUGUGGGUGACCGUGACCCCCAACACUCACCGCAAGAAUAUCCUCCGCGCCAUUUUCAAUCAGGCUCUAAUCAAUCUCAAUUACGGUGGCGACAGGAAGGUCGUGACGCAAGACGGCGCGGUGCUCAAGGGGAACGACGAGGACGAUGAAGAGUUUGCGAUCAGAGCAAAUGUGGUCGAAAUACUGGCGGGGCAGAGGUACAUGAUCGUGUUGGAUAACGUGGAUGACAUUGAAAUGUGGGAGUACUUGGUGCACGCGUUUCCGGUGCAGAACAACGGGAGUGUAGUGUUGGUGACGAGCAGCGCCGUAGACAUAAUGAACCAUCCGGCGCUGCUUUUAAUUGAUAACUCGGAAGAUCAGGCCUUACAAUACGAGGACUUUUGGUGGGGUCUUCUCCAGUAUAGGCUGUUGGGGUGGCAGCCUGUCUCGCCGGAGUUGGAGGAAGUGGGAAGGAAGGCUGUCCGAAACUGUCGAGGCCGGUUUUUUUGCUUUGUGAAGCUUGUCUUCUUGUUAUGGAACGCCGACAGGAGCGUGGAGGCGUGGAGCCGGAUAGCCCAUGAUGAACGCCAUCCAAUCUUCCACGAAAUUAUUGAUGAACUAUCAGAUGUGCGUAGAAUCAAAGAAGAGUUUAACAAUUUUAAAGCUAGUGACAAGGCUGCGUUAUCCCAUUUUAUCGAAGAUAUUGAUAAACCAACUGGCGUUGAAUUUAUGAAGGAGAAGCUCUUCCCGGAAAGGAAGUUCUUCCCAAAGAUGGAAGUGAUCUCAUUUGUUGGAAUGGCAGGCAUUGGCAAGACGGCAUUUGUUAAGAAGGUUUAUGGAUAUGUUAAGAUUUUGUCUGAAUAUGAGAAUCUUGAUUUGCGUUAUUACGAGCACUGUGUGUGGCUUACUUUAGGCCCAAAAUAUAAAUCAGAAGAUAUAUUCACAGAUAUUCUAGCUCAGAUAUUUCCAGCCAUUGAUAAAAUGGUAAUUAGAGAAGAUGCAGAACUUGCUGCUGAUUUGAUCCAAGUGUUACAGAACAAGAGGCUCUUCAUUGUGUUGGACGACGUGUGGAGCGAAGCUCCAUUGGAGCACUUGGCGAAGUCGUUUCCUAACAUCAAGGGCAGAGCUUUUGUGACGACUAGAAUAGGGAAAGUGGCACGUUCUGAGAAGAUCCACAUGGUUCGUGAAAUGCACUUGCUGAGUAAAGAAGAAAGCUGGAAGCUUCUCUGUGAGAAGGUGUUUGUCGAAGAAGAUAACUGCCCUUUUGAUCUGAGGAGAAGUGGGAAGAAAAUUGCUGAGAACUGUGAUGGUCUUCCUCUCACCAUUGUCAAAGUAGCCAGCCUCGUGUCGAGAAACCUCACAGUGGAAUACUGGGACGAUGUAGCGAAGAAGAAUUCGGAUUUCGUGAGUGUGUUACAAGAGUUAUCUGAAACACUAGUUCCAAUCUACAGCAACCUGCCUCAGUAUUUGAAACCCUGCUUUCUCUACAUGGGAGUGUUUCCGGAGAAGUGCGAGGUCUCCGCCUCCAGAAUCGUCAAGCUCUGGAGUGCGGAGGGUUUUCUCGAACAAGGAGAUGAAGAAGAGUUGGCUGCAGAGUGUUUGCGGGAGCUUGUGGAUAGAAAUCUUGUGAUGAGCGCCGCCAAGACUACUUUUCGCCUUAAUUCUGUUUUAUGGCAUCUAACCAACACUGAAGCAGCGAGGAGCAGCUUCUUCUAUGUCUUGAGAGGGACUACUUAUCACGAUUCCAUCAAGGCGGCGCGCAGAUUCUGCAUCCGCAACUGCAUUUUGCUGAGCGUUAAAGAAGCCUAUGGCGCGAUGAUGGGGUCGGCUUCAACUGCGCAUUCCUUUAUCUGCAGCGGCGAGUAUCAUCAGUACCCGGUGCCGGUGUGCUGGGAGCUGAGGCUGCUGAGGGUGUUGGAUGCUGCGGCGAUCCGUUUCUAUGAUUUCCCCAUUGAAGCAGUGGAGCUCAUUCAUCUCAGGCACCUCGCCAUCACCUGCGACGGAGACCUUCCGCCUACCAUCUCCAAACUGUGGAAUCUCCAAUUCUUGAUUGUCAGUCGCCAUCUCCGCCUGUCUGGAGAUUCUCCCUACCUGCCUACGGAGAUAUGGGAUAUGAAGGAACUCAAACAUCUUCAGGUUACGGGGAGCAACCUGCCGAGUCCCAAUACUUGCGGCGCCGUCUUACCAAACCUGGUGAGUCUCUUGGAUGUCGGCUACCACACGUUCACUGACGAGGUCCUGAGAGGAAUCCCCAAUCUACAAAAGCUAGGCAUUCAGAUUGAUCUGCCUCCCGGUGAUGCUCGUGAUCCGUUUCAUCACUACCUGAACCGUAUCUCCAGUCUCAGCAAGCUGGAAUCACUCGAUUGCGUAGUGGUGAAUCCUGAGGUUGAGCCGGCCGGGGUUGCUCCUCCGGCUCCUCGCUCGAUGUUCCCGCCGAGUCUGGAACGACUGAGCUUGAGCGGGCUAGGGUAUCCCUGGGAGUACAUGGGUAUCAUUGAAGAGUUGAAGAAUCUCAAGGUGCUGGAGUUACGAGGGUAUGCUUUUCAGGGAGAAAAGUGGGAGACGGGUUACCGGGCUUUCGAGAAACUGGAACGUCUCGUGAUCGAGGAUACAGAUUUGGUGUGGUGGAAGGCUACAGUCUUGAGCUUUCGUGAGCUCAAACAUGUGAGCAUUAAACACUGCUACAUGUUGGAAGAAGUCCCCAGCAUAGUUUUGAUGUCGCGUGAGACGAUUGAAGUAGUCGACUGCAAUCCUUUGGCCGCCGCGAAUUGGAAAGAGAUGAUAAGGAUGAGGAGUCCAAGCAAUGUCCCACUUCGUGUACCUACAGAUCCACAUUCUAAACUUCAUAUGGACUUCUCUUGGGAAGUCGCUAAACGCCGGCCCUCGUUGCCCGGCAUAGCAGCCUCCGCCCACAAGCCACCACCCCCUGCCCACCUCCACCGUCGCGCCACCAUCAUUAGACAACUACGUCAGGGGCAAGUCGGGCCGAGUCGGAGAGAUCGCGAUCAUGCCACUUCGCCUACGGGUGCGAUGCACCAUGAUCCUCCGAUGCUGGAUCCUCCACGUCAGCAUCGCUCAUCUGGCGACGCUGACGUGGACGAGAUUAGUACUACCUCUGAGUUUGAGCUCCCACUUUCAGCCCUUCAAAAGCAGUCUCUCCAUUCUAUGCCCGAGUUUCCACAAUCAGGAGACGUGGAAGACCAUCAGAUGCACCUGUUUUUUAAACAAAUCCAACAGUGGUACAAUGAACAACAACAGAGACUAGCAGUUCAGGAGCAGCCGAGUAUGAGCAUUACGGAGCUAGACAAUGACGACUGGGGCGAGGGCUGUGGCGGUGGCGCUUCAUCAUCAGGAACUGAUGCACAAAUGGUUGGAUACUCCGAUGAACUGAACGUUGUGAAAUGGCACAUGACUAAAGCCGUGAGGCCAGACGACUGGGCAGCCGCGUCGAUCUUCGGGCGCCCGGGCACGGGAAGAUCGUACGCGGCGUGGGAGGUUUUCCGGUACGUACGAGAAGUAGAAGCCUUCGAGUGCUGCGUGUGGGCGGCCGUGGGCCCCAGCCGUCACCGCAAGGCGGUCCUCCUGGGCAUCCUCUGCCUGCUUCUGAACAUAGUCAACGGCAACAGUGGUGGCGACGGGACGGCGGCGGAGGUCGGAGAAGACGACAUGUUGUUCGAGGUGAGCGAGGAGGACUACGUGAGGGGCAGCGUGGCGUCGCUGCUGGCGAGGCGGAAGUACAUGAUCGUGUUGGAUGACGUGGAUGACGCCGGAAUGUUGGACUACUUGCUGACGGCGUUUCCGGUGCAGAACAACGGGAGCCUAGUGUUGGUGACGACCGGCGCCGUCGACGUCAGUAACCAUCCGUCGCUGCGUCUAACUAGUACUAACUUGGAAGAUCGGGGCUUACAAUAUGAGGACAUGUGGUGGGGUCUUCUCCGGUGUAAGCUGUCGGGGCCCGUCUCGCCGGAGUUGGAGGAAGUGGGAAGGAAGGCUGUCCGGAACUGUGGAGGCCUCUUUUUUUGCUUUGUGAAGCUUAUCUUCUUCUUAUGGAACACCGACUGGAGCGUGGAGGCGUGGAGCCAAGUAGCCCAUGAUCAACACCAUCCAAUCUUCCACCAAAUUGUUGAUGAACUAUCAGAGGUACGUAAAAUCAAAGAAGACUUGAACAAUUUUACAGCUAGUGACAAGGCUGUCUUAUCCCAUUUUAUCGAAGAUAUUGAUGCACCAACUGGUGUUCAAUUUAUUAAGGAGAAGCUCUUCCCGGAAAGGAAGUUCUUCCCAAAAAUGGAAGUGAUCUCAUUUGUUGGAAUGGCGGGCAUUGGCAAGACAGCAUUUGUUAAGAAGGUUUAUGAAUAUGUUAAGAUUUUGCCUAAUUACCAGCAUUGUGUGUGGCUUACUUUAGGCCCAACAUAUAAAUCAGAAGAUAUAUUCACAGAUAUUGUAGCUCAGAUAUUUCCAGACAUUGAUAAAAUGGUAAUCAGAGGAGAUGCAGAACUUGUCGGUGAUUUGAUCCAAGUGCUACUGAACAAGAGGCUCUUGAUUGUGUUGGACGAUGUGUGGAGCGAAGCUCCAUUGGAGCACUUGGCGACGUCGUUUCCGAACAUCAAGGGCAGAGCUUUGUUGACAACUAGAAUGGGGAAAGUGGCACGUUCUGGAAAGAUCCACAUUGUUCGUGAAAUGCAGUUACUAAGUAAAGAAGAAAGCUGGAAGCUUCUUUGUGAGAAGGUGUUUGUGGAAGAAGAUAACUGCCCUUUUGAUCUGAGGAGAAGUGGGAUGAAAAUUGCUGAGAACUGUGAUGGUCUUCCUCUCACCAUUCUCAAAGUAGCCAACCUCCUAUCGAGAAACCUCACCGCAGAAUACUGGGACGAUGUAGCAAAGAAGAAUUCGGAUUUCGUGAGUGCGUUGCAAGAUCCACAUUCAAAACCGCAUAUGGAUUUUGUCUUGGGAAGUCAGUAAAAGGAUUAGGUGAUAUCUAAACUUGUUCAGCAACAGUAUAUUCCAAGUUAGAUCUUUGGUGUCUCAUCAAGAUCAUUCAACCUUGUUUCCCAUCAAACAAUUCCAUUUUUAAUUCCAGGAUUUUUUUUUGAGUUUGUGUUGGUUUUUCCUAUUAUGAGUUUAUUUAUGAAUUGUGAUUGCGUGUAAAACUAUUUUUUUCCGAAAUAUAGUCGCUGUUGGCAUUGUGAUU